CCGUGCGGCCGGGCCGGGCCGCGGGGCGAUGGCGGCCGAAGGGCGGCCGGAGCAGCUGGAGCUCAGCGCCGAGGAAGCGGAGCGGCUGCGGCAGGCCUUCCGCGAGCCGCGCUUCCGCGAGCUGUUCGCCGAGUACGCGGCCGAGCUGGCCGACCCCGAGCAGCGGCGGCUGUACGAGGAGGAGGUGACGGCGCUGGAACGGGAGCGCGGCGUGGAGGUGCGCUUCAUCCACCCGACCCCCGGCUACGUGCUGCGCACCAGCCAGGCCGGCUCCCGCCGCUGCUACCUCAACGUCUGCAGCAACCCGCACGUCGACCGCCCGCAGGCCCGCGCCGAGCCCGGCGGUCACCGCUGGGCCCUGCCCUACAGCCUGGCGCCGGGCCGCGAGGAGCUGGGCCGGGGCGGCCGCCGCCGCCUGGUUUACGACGUGGUUUUCCACCCGGCGGCGCUGCGCCUGGCCGCCCGCAGCCCCCGCUUCCGCCGCCUGCUCAGCGACACGGCGCUGGAGGCCGUGGAGCGCCGCUUCGCCGUGCAGCUCGACCGCACCAACGCCGCCGUCCUCCGCGGGGCCGCCUACAAGGGCGUCCCGCAGGCACCCGUCAUCCGCACCCCGCUGCCCGGCGGCGCAACGCCGCCUCCCGCCGACACCGGCUGCCCGCUGCCGCCUUUCCCCGUCCCCGUCCCCGUCCCCGACCCUCCCGCCCCCCCGCCCCGUGAAAGCGGCCCCACCACGCCUCGCUGGAGCCUCCGGCAGCGCUCCUACGUGGAGCUGCAGGACUACCGCUGCUGCCGCGACUCGGCGCCCAGCCCGGUGCCGCGGGAGCUGGUGGUGACGGUGGAGCUGCCGCUGCUCAGCUCCGCCGCCCAGGCCGUGCUCGAGGUCCGCCCGCGGGAGCUGCGCCUCGACUCGCGGCGGCCCGCCUACCGCCUCCGCCUCCGCCUGCCCUACGCCGUGGACGAGAGCCGCGGCCGGGCUGCCUUCAACAAGGCCGAGCGGCGGCUGCUGGUCACGCUGCCCGUCGUGCCGCCCACCGGCCCCCGGCAGCCGCACGGGGACGACGGGGAGCGGCUGGAGCAGCCCGGCCCCGGCGGGGAGCCGGCGGCUGAGGGGGGCGGUGGCGGCGGGGCUGCUGCUCCUCCUCCUUCUCCUCCUCCUCCUUCUUCCCCUCCUCCUUCCUCCUGCAGCACGUGGAGCAGUGAGGACGCCCCCACUCUCCCCGGGGAUCCCCCCCGCUCCGAGGCCGCUUCCCCCGCCAGCCCCGAGCCGGCUGAGCCCGGCGGCCUUACUGGGGGCUCCCCCCCGUGCCCAGCCCCGCCGGCGGCUGAGGACGGCCCCGGCGACAUGGCUCUGCCCCGGGGCCGUGGCAGCCCCGAGCCUGCCCUGUGCCCUCCCUUCCGCUGCCGCCAGGAUGAGGCCUCCCUCACCCUGCUGCUGCCCGUGCCCGGCAUCCAGCCCCACAGCCUCCGGGGGGACGUGGGCACGAACCACUACAGCCUCCGCUUCUCCAGUGCCACCGCUGCCUACGCCCUGUUCCUGAGGUUUCCUCCCGCAAACAGGCUGGCAGCCCCCGAGACCAGCGUCAGUGUGAGCGCCCACAACGCUGCCAUCGGGCUCGCCAAGGCCCCUGGGAGCAACGGGCCCUGGGAGAAAUUCUGCUUCGGCCUUGACGCCUCCGCUCUGCAGGAGAGAUUGUUUGUCAGUGAAGAAAACGUUGAUGGAUUCCUAGACACUGUUCUAUGCCCUUCCUUUUCCACACAGUCAGAACUGGAAAGUCAACCAUUAAUUGAAGUGCUUGAUGUUACAGAGGACAGAAGUCAAAUCAGGCUGAAGCCGCAGGAAGCAGCCCAUACUGAACGUGAUGAAAAAGAACAACUAGCGAACAGCUCAGAAGGAGAUCCCGCUGAAAAGACGAACGAUGACUCCUUCCAAACCAAGACAGAAACAAACUGUACUGCAGCUGACACAGUGGAAGAACGUGCUACAGAAACCAGCAAAACUUCUAUGUCUCUUGUACCAGCUGAAACAAUAGGAAAAGGAGAUUGUAGUUCACACCAUUGUUUGCAGCAUGAACCUUCUGACACCAGUUCAGCAGUUCCUGGCAAAUCUAGGAGCAACGAACCAGAUUUAGACCGUGCUCUCACAGUAGGCGAAACGGCUGCGUCCUCAGCAUCUGAAAAACAAGCAGGCCUUCUGCUGGAAGGGCAGGCGAAAAUGGGAGGGGAGGAAGCAGCUGCAGAUGCAGAGCCGGCCCGCGGGACGCCGCGCAGCUCGGGCAGCAGACCGGCCUCCCCGCUCCUCCGAGAGGUGAGCACGCAGGAUGGGAGCGUGCAGAUCACCAGGGAUCACACCACGCGCUGCGCGGUCACGUUUCAGAAUUCUUUGCUGUAUGAACUGGACUAGUGUGAUUGUUUCAGGAUUUCCUUCUGUUGUUCCUUGCUUACUGGGACUUCCACGCACUGGUUUAGGACUUCAGGGCUAAAAGUCGAAAACAGGCUGCUACUGAAACCGUUCUGUUUACACGUCAACUUAGAAUACUUGAGUCGUUAAUAAUUUUUCAAGUUAGUAGGUCCGAGUUUUCUUUAAUUGUAUGUAUGAGCUGAAAUAGUUUUACUGACAAGAAUGAUGCAGCUGAAGAUGAAUCUAAGUUCCUGGAAGGCAAUGCAUCUUUAUUAUUUAUUUAACUUUCUUAAUGUCUUGCUAAAUUACACAGGUUAUUUGUAUACAUCCUCAUUCUAACGGCUCCCUCAGGAACUGCUGUAUUUAGUCCACCUAGAAAUGAGCGGUAUUCAUCAUUUUUUUCAAACCCUUCAUUUUGUGAUAAUCGCAGGAUUAGGCCGCCACUGAUCUUUAGCAAUCAAAUGAAAUUUCUAAUUACAUGGAGAAGUUCUAAUUAGUCUCCUAGAAAUAAUCAUCAUUUAUACUAUGUAUGCCACCCUGGUAUAUUACUUCAGUUAUGCAGCAUCCAAACAUGCCCCAGUCUGUCAAGUGAACAAAUUCAAUUGCACACUAAAAACAUCCUGUCUUGUUGCAUCUGCCACUAAGUAUUUACAAUUUGUAAAACGGAUUCAUUUCAUCCAGAUUAGAUGCACUUUUCAGUUCUCUGUCAGCUUCAGUGUGCUGUUUACUAGUUCGUGUCUCUGAAGUGCGAUAACCAAAAGAAGAUAUCUAUAAUAAACUUUCGGUUCCCGUUCUCAGUC